AUAUUUUCAGCUGUUGUUUUUAACCUACCAGGUCAGACAAAGUCUACAAGAAGCAAGGCAGUUAAGAAUGUGAGACAGCAUGCAUGUUCUAUUCUUGUCAAAAUCUGCAAGGAAUACCAGGAUCUUGUCUUUCCGGUUUUUGAUGAGUUAUUCAACCAUAUACAAUCUAUCAGUAAUGAUCCAGAUAAUUUAUCUCAGAUGGAGAGAUGUAUUCUGAUGGAGGCCAUGAUACUUAUUAGUAACAACUUCAACAAUUUUGAGAAGCAGUCUGCAUUUAUAGAGGAAGUUUUAAAACCAGUCAAGGAAUUUUGGUCAUCUGAAGAAUUCAGAAUGGCAUUUUGGUCAACAGAUAAAUUUAUGUCCUAUGUUGGAUUAGACCAAGCCCCUGUGGAACCUAGCUCUGCAGAUACAUGUGGUAUAAACCGAUCUCAUAUUAGCUUUUGUAUUCACACAAUUCUAGCUGUAAUCAAACGUAGCAAGUGGCCAGUUGAUUUCAAGGCUGCGAAAGAUGGUGGGUUUGUAAAUGUAAACCAGAAUGACUUUAUCAUGCGUAACCCAGCAACCGCACACAUCACCUGUCUGCUAGAAAAUGUUCUUGCUCUUCUCAAGGCCAUGAAUAUGUUAUUCUGUGAGAAUUACAUGAAACUGUGUCAUCCUGAUUACCGAAAGGCCUACUUAUUACCAGACAAUGAGAUACUAUCACUCCUAGGAGUACCUAUGCCACAUGUUGAUGACUCGAGUCGUAUCAGGAGUAAACAACCUCUAGAAAGAAUGCAGAAUUUUCUCACAAUUUCGUAUGAAAUAAGUUUCCAUAUUCUGGGCAAUGCAGGUCAAUGUCUAGGAAGUGAAUUUUAUGCCAUACCAAACCUAGCCGAGUCUAUGAUACAGACUGUGUUAUCAAAUCUUGAAGUUUUACCAGACUAUAGACUGAGACCCAUCAUUCGUGUUUUUCUGAAGCCAUUCAUCAAUAAUUGUCCUAGUGAGUACUACAGAGUGGCAGUGCUACCAGUGUUAGCUCAUGUGUGCCCAUUUAUGUAUCUGAGGCUUGGGAAGAAAUGGAAAGACAUAAAUGAGAGAUGUCAGACAAGAAAAGAUACAGAUGAUGACAAUCAAGAAAGUCAAGAAGUUAUAGAAGAGCAAGUCACCAGGCAACUAACCCGAGAAUAUGUUGAACUAUUAGGAAUUAUAUUCUAUAAGAAAAGGAAUAAAGAAAGUAAUGGGGCAGGAGGAGACAAGAUGUGUGACGAUGAUGAGUUUCAAUCUCCAAACAGACCCGACCUUGGAGAACUAGGAAAUUUAUGUCUUAGCAUUGAUUGGGAGCGAAAAACAAACACAAACCCAGAACGCGGAUUUACUGAUGAUGGCGAAUCAGUUCCUGAGGCAAAGAGGCGCACAGCUGCACAAAAAGUGAUUUAUCUAGAACUCAUGUUAGGGCAAAUUGCAAACUUCUGCCCAAUAAUUUCUCGUAACACUAUCGUGAAAAAUGCAACGUCAAUAAAAACUAUUUGGCAGACAAUUCGUUUACAUUUCGGAUUCCAGUCAACAGGAGCACAUUUUCUGGAUUUUGACAGUAUACAACUUCAACCAGGAGAGAGACCAGAGGAUUUAUACCAGCGUUUAUCAAGUUUUAUCGAAGACAACACAUUAAAGAAAGAUGGUGGCCUAUCUCAUAUGGGAACUGUACCAGAUGAAGACGAAGAGAUUACCCCAACAGUCGAAAACUUGGUUGUAUUAACAUGGUUGAGAUUAAUAGACAAUCGUUUGCCGGCACUAGUAAAACAGCGCUACGGAACAGAACUUCGUUCAAGGACUUUAGCCACACUUAAGCCUGAAAUUUCUCUCGCUUUAGACAGUUUGCUAGACGAAAUACAUGCCGUAGCUGAUGCAAAAGUCAUGCGUUCUGCUUUUAAAGGUUCUAAAGACAACGGAAAAUUUCGAUCAAUCUCUCGUGCCACCCUUCGUGUCCCUUAUGAAGACAAGCGUUAUCUUUCAAGUGUUCGUCAAACUGUCUCGGACGAAACUGCGGGGGAUCCGGAAAUCGAUCAAGAGUCUUACGAAGAUGACAAUCAGCAAUCUCAAUGCUAUGGUAUACAUUCGGCUACUUCUAGACGUGUAAGCACCAAACAGUCUCCAACAUUAAAAACAUUUUAUAAACAUUUUCCUCUGAAUGUUACCCUAGAUACUGGAGCAGAAAUCAACAUGUUGAAAUUGUCUGUUGCACACUAUAUGGGAGUACCUAUUAAGAAAAGCAAUCAACGUGCACUCCAGGCAGAUGGUUCCACCCCAUUAAAGGUGGCUGGCGAGACACAUAUAGUUCUUACUCGUGGCGAACAGAGUUUAACUGUUGAGGCAUUAGUGGUUGAAAAACUUAGAUGUGGAUUUACUUGGUGGAAUACCUUUCAUGGCAACAAAUGA